AUGUCGACACGCCAACCUUCACGUGUGGUCUUCGUGGGAAACAUUCCCUAUGGCCUCACCGAAGAGCAGAUUACAGAAAUCUUCAGCGGCGCCGGACGAGUUCUUAAUUUCCGCCUUGUAUAUGACCGCGAAACUGGAAGGCCUAAGGGAUUUGGGUUCGCAGAAUUCCCCGAUUACGAUUCCGCCGCAUCAGCCGUACGAAACUUAAACGACCACGAGAUCAUGGGCCGCAAGCUGCGUGUCGAUUUCAGCAACGAGACUUUCACUGAUCAGGACUCGGCUCAGCCGAACCAGAACACCUCCGGCGGCUACAACGCCCAAGCUCCCAACGGCGGGGGCUACAACGCCGCUCCCCCUGCCAGCGCCGCCCCUCCCGCUCUCGGCCCGUUGCCCCAGGGCAAAGACCUCCCCCCCGACGUCAGCUGCACCGACGCGAUCUCCCGCACGCUCAACACCUUGCCCCCAGCUCAGCUCCUCGACAUCCUCCAGCAGAUGAAGACGCUGGCGACGAAUGAUCCUGCCAGGGCCACCGAGCUUCUCAACCAAGCGCCCCAGCUGAGCUACGCGAUAUUCCAAGCGCUCCUUAUCAUGGGCCUGGUCUCGCCGGACGCCAUCAACUCGGUUCUCGAGAACCCGGGCGCUGCUGCUGCUGCUGCUCCCCCUCCUAUGGGCGCCCCGGUCGUCCCCAACCCUGUGGGUGGUGCGCCAUACGGAGCUUAUCCCGGCCCCACAGCCACCCCGCCUGUCGCUCCCGGUCCCGCUGCUGGCGGUUACGCGGCACCGCCUGUUGCCGCUGCUCCUGUCCCAGCUUCGGCUGCAGCCGCCCCCGCGGCGAUGGAUCCAGACGCGAUGAUCCGUGCUAUUCUGGAACUUCCGCAGGAGACGGUUGACCAGCUAGCUGAGCCGGAAAGACAGCAGGUUUUGGCUAUUCGCGCUCAGUUUGCUGCUCAGGGUGGUCUGCGUUAA